AUAAGUCUAUAAUCUGUCGCUCGCAUGCCGGAUUUCGAGCACAAGCCUUUCUGGGACUCUGCCUAUACUAUAGUAUAACUUCGCCAAUCUACCUCUCCAGUAACUUUUCUUCAUUUUCAUCAUUGUUGCUUUUUCUUCUGUUUUGAAAGCCAGCAUCCGACUUCAUGAUGAUGGACUCUGCGAUGGGGAAGGGGACCGACCACGUGAAGCGGCCCAUGAAUGCCUUUAUGGUUUGGUCAAGAGGACAGAGGAGGAAACUUGCUCAGGAAAACCCUAAAAUGCACAACUCCGAAAUCAGCAAGAGGUUAGGAGCCGAAUGGAAGUUGCUUUCUGAGGAUGAUAAGAGGCCAUUUAUCGACGAGGCGAAGAGGCUACGAGCCCUACACAUGAAGGAGCAUCCCGACUACAAGUACAGGCCACGUCGCAAACCCAAGUCGUUGAUGAAACGAGACAAGUAUGCAUUCCCGAUCCCCUGUAUUCCGACGUCGUCGCCGUACCAGGUAGCCACAUCGCAGGCCGACAUCAUGAACAUGGCAUCGGCAGAGAAAGCACGUACGUACCUGUCAUCGCAUCAACAUCACGCCGCGGCGGCAGCGGCAGCAGCUAGCCAAUACUCUGUGCUGGAACACGCUCAAAAACUGGAAUCUCCGACAUCACUGAUCAGAGACUUUCCCCAUCAUCCAGCGCUGUACCCUCCACCCCAUAUGUACCCUACCUCGGCCGGAGCAGUCCCCGGCAGUGCGUUUGGAAAGUUACCCGGCGGUUCUGCAGCAGCGGCCGCAGCAGCAGCAGCAGCUGGUUACUCAGCGCAACCGUACAUGAUGCCCUACCCCGCCUGGCCCGGCCAAGACGGUGUGCAGCGACCGGUGGCGUACAUCCUCGUGAAACCCGACAUGGAGCCCUACGGCCCAACUCACCCAGCGAUUCGGCCAACCAUGCCCCUACCGACAAGACCGACAGCGGCGACGGCUCUCUAAUGCCAAAAGACACUUUCAAAUCUGUGCUGCUUUGAGAACUCUAUUGCCACAAACGACCAUGUUUAAUAACGAGACAUUUCGACAAAAAAUGGUGCUUGUAUUUAACCGGCAUACUUCAACAAGGCACAGAUUUACAGAACUUAAACGACCCGGUGAGAAAGAACCCUUUUUUUUCCCCGGUGAAACUUUUCCCUUUUCUGAAUCUAUUAUUUUGCUAUUGUAACACUAUUUUGUUCAGUUUUGACGAAAUGAAGAAUCAUGGAGGAUUAAGAUAAGAGAAGUAACAGAAAAUAAUGAUUGCUGCCUCAUAACUUUGUUUUGGUUUUACAUUUACAAGAGCAUGUAUUGUCAAGUGCUUUCUUUAUUACAUGCUGUCUACAUGGCUGUCUAAUUGAUGGGUGACCAUUAUUUCUUUUGAAUCUUUCUUUAAAAUGUAAUUCCGUUGUUGUUAAAGUAAACUGUUAAUAUCAAACAUGAUUUUAAGAGGAUUUAUUAUGCUUAUAACUCGAUUUACUUCGGGUAUCACCCCCACAGAAAUGCAGUGUCAUUUUCUAUUUCGUUUAUGAUUAGAAAAUGCAGUAUCUCAUGGUAAAAGUGUCCUCAACUGGAACAAAAAACUUUAUUGAAA